GGCCGGCACUCUUUUCUGCCCCCAAAUACCAUCGACGCAACCACGUUCAGACACGUCAACCAUCACUGCAGACGAUUUGCCUCUUCCAACGCUUAGAGCCAUCACAUAACAUCACAUCGCGAAGCGGCAUGGCAUUCCAUCCAGAAUUCAAGCUGAAUGCCUGGAAGGCCAUGACUGCCGCCGACCGCGCAGACGCUAUCAAUAAGGGAAAAAUCGAUCCUACGGGCCUCACACUUUGGAAGUUUCAUAUGAUUCCACAUAUCGAAGCCACGGAACCAUGGUCCAUAGCCGUCUACAGCGCCGGCUUGCGCUGGAACAAACUCGCCGACGGUGGCGAACAGCAGAUGUACUGGGCGCGCCAUACAACUAGCCUAAUGACCGGCAGCCUGGCUCCGCUAGAGCCUGAGGUCCUGCAUAACUAUUUGGCGGGCAAUUUCCAUGUCCAAUCCGACAAGAUCGGUGACAUCGUCAGCACGGACUCCAAGCCUGUGUUUACUGCCUCUAAACAAGACUCGCACCAGAAAGCCUUGCUUAACGGCACAUGGGAUGUUUCCGCCGAAGCCAUUGGGCGCCGUUCCGGCUCUGUCGACGACACGAGUGUCUCGCCCCCCAAGCACCGUUCGAACGAGAAUAUCGACGGCAAAGAGAACAACUCGAUCAAAGUCCUUAUCCUCGACAAGAACAUGUCGCAUCAAGACCUCUCCGAGCUCGUCGAAUACACGCUCACUCUGGAUUCGGAAGAUGAGGCCUCCCGGCUCCUGCGCCUCAUUGGUAGCCGUUUUGCCGUUGACGGCAGGUCGUUAUACUACUACCAUGCGCAUAACAAUCCAGCACCCUCUUCGUUUUGUCCCUGGCAACAAGUGCCAUCUGUUGAGAAAAGGUACUGGCGAACAGCUACAAAUAGCAUGCUCGUGGCAUUUGGUCAAGGAAAUAUGAGCGGACUUAAAUAUCUGCGCAUCGGUGGCCGCUACAGCAAAUACCAGAAGCGGCCUGAUACCGAGCUUCACUCUAAAGUCGGCUGCCAUCGUGUGUCAGCAACCCAAGACGUCAUCAAGCGUGAGCUCGCACGCAUCAACCAGGCCAUGGAGGGGCGCGGGAGAGAAGCGCUGCUUCGCGGCCUCGGGAGCAUGUUUUCGGAAGAUGGUCAGACUUUGUUCGUCUUCCACGCUGAGGCGUACAUUAACAAGGUUCAGGAACAGUUUCAUGAUGCAGUUCCAUCGUCGAAUGAACUGUGGACGGCGCUCCCGAUGGAUGAUAGGUCCUUCUGGGCGUUUUGCACCUCUAAGCUGACUUCUGCUCUGGCUCGAGGCCUUGGUAACGGCCUCGACCAUCUAAUAACUGGCCCCGGUACGCGCCGUUCACUUCAGAACGAGCACAGGAUUAAGGCAAUCAUGCAACAGUACACAAGCAAUGUUAAUGGGAUUUUGAGUAUGUAGCGUUAUUACUACUAGUUAACGGCAAGUGAAAAUGAUCGAUCUUCCUCCUUUGAGUGCUGCUGGCUACUUAAUCAUUGGCGUGUUCCCAACCAUGGGGGUGGUGCCUCCAUUGACGUUAGCGGGAGCUGUAGAGAUUUAGC